AUGGAGGACUUUUCUACCAGGACCUACGGCACUAGUGGCUUGGACAACAGACCUUUGUUCGGAGAGACGUCAGCCAAGGAUCGGAUCAUCAAUUUAGUUGUUGGCAGCUUAACUUCCUUAUUGCUUUUAGUAACGCUGAUCAGUGCUUUUGUUUUCCCUCAACCACCUCCAAAACCACUGAAUAUAUUUUUUGCGGUCUGCAUCUCUUUGAGCAGUAUUACUGCCUGCAUACUUAUCUACUGGUAUCGACAAGGAGACUUAGAACCAAAAUUUAGAAAUCUAAUUUACUAUAUCUUAUUUUCUAUCAUCAUGUUAUGUAUAUGUGCAAACCUGUACUUCCACGAUGUGGGAAAGUGA